AAAGCCUGCAAAGCUAGUAAUGGCGACUUGAAAGCAGUGUGAAGAUAUGUUUAGCAUUUAUUUUCGACUUUUUUUUGCCGAAAUUGCCCAAAUUUCGACUCGAAAUAGGGAGCGUAUCCUUUCCAAAAGGCCAAACUGGCAGUUUUGAUGAGUAAUAGGAAAUACCCAAGACUAUCGGACGGGUACAAUGAAAGGAGUCCGUAUCACCCGUAUCAGAACAAGAAACAAGCGAAUUGCAUUGCGGACAGAGACAGAUCACCAGCCGGGUCGAACAGCAGAGACAACUCACCCUAUAGCUCAUCAAAUAGACAUUCAAAUUUAUCCCCUCGAUCUCAGAGAUCUAAAUCCACUUACAGUCGGUCAAAAGAUGGGAGUAGGAAGGGCUCAAAUCAGUCUCCAAAUGAUUCUCACCGUGGAUCCAACUCCCAUUCCACUGAACGGCAUACCAAGUUUAACCAUAUUAGUACUGAUGAGGGCUUCCCUUGGUCUCAGCAUGUUAGUUCAUCAGGAAAAUGCUAUUACUACAAUUUCAAGACUGAGAAAUCUCAAUGGGAGAAGCCAAAAGAAUGGAUUGAGAGAGAGAGGAGGGAGAGAGAGAAUAAGGAGAAGGACCAAAAUGCUAUUGGUGCAAAGGAAGCAAGAGAUGGUGGAUUUCACAAGGAGGAUUCGAAUCAUGAGACAUCAAGAAUGCAUGGGUCUAAGUUUUCCCUUAAAGAGUCACUUUCAAACGAAAACCGAGAUGGGAGCAGGGCUCAUAUUGAAGACAGAGGAAGAGAAAAUAUCAAAGCAGUGGAUGGUGACAGAGGACAAGGGGUUAUCAAAACAAUGUCAGCACAUACUAGUGCUAUACCUACAACAUCUCAGCGGUCUACUCCUGUGGCUGCAAGUUUAUCAGGAAAUUCUGUUGCAUCUCCAGCUGGUAGUCUACAAGAUGUUUCUCCGCCAUCUACUCCAUCUUCACGAGCGAGCAUGUUUGAAUCAAGCUCACACUCAUCUUCUCCACAGUUAGUCUCACUUUCACCCCAUGGCUUUCAGACUUCACAGUCUCCACUACAGCUCAAUAUAAGACAUGGGGUGUCACAACCAAAUGUAACCCAACAACAAUAUGCCAAACAGCAGUAUAGCACACAGCAUAACUUAACACAGUAUGGACUUGUAAAUAAUGGAAAUCCUCAAAAUAUAUCUUCAUCACUGCCUACUAGCCAAGCACAAAAAUCAUAUGAUCUUGAGAUGAAUAAAAGACCUGCCCUGCAUCCCUUGCAACAAGCCACGUUACUACAGCAAAGGAAAUUAACUGAGAUUCGAAACCAUGGUAUCACCAAUUAUCAGCAAACGUUUCCAAUGAUAACACAACCACUGACAUCAGCAUCUGCUCUCGUCAAAGAAAAUAACAGAAUACAUAAAUCUCCUGGCUCUCCUGUAAUAUUUUCUCAGAGUCUUGGAACAAACUCUCCAGCAUUAAAAGAACAAUUUCAACCAACAAAAAUACAAACUUCCUUUGCUUCGACAUUGAGCAGUCAAGCGCAGUUAUCUCCUUCGUCUGUUAGUCCAGUAUCAGUCCAGCCUACACCAAGUGUCAACCUACAAUUGUUAUCAAAAUAUGCAGACAAGAAUCUCACAAAUCAUAUCAAUAACUUGCAGUCUGAAGGGCUUGACAAACAGAUACAAAGAUUGAAUGAUGAGGGAUGUAGCAAUGUUGGUGAUGCAAACAAGAACUUAAUUCAACAGCUUCAACUUCGGUCACAAAUGGAUUUGUUGGAAAUGCAUAUUGACAUUGGUACAAAAAGGAUAACCUCUAUGAAGGAAGUGACAAAGACACUUGAAAUAUUAUUAGCAGAAUCAGAUAAAAAGCCACUUACGUAAAUUAGACUGAAUUAGGCUACCUAGCCAUAGGCCUUUGUGCCAAAUUUGCUUCUGGUGGCCAGCAAGGACUAAAGAUCCUCUUGUUUGUAAAUGAAGAUGACAGUAGUAAUCUAAACUAGUUUCACAACUUGAGAAAAGGAAACUAUUUCUUGAUAUAAACAAUAAGAAAGUCUCUUUCUUUGAAAUGCAAAAGUAUCAGGAACUCAAGGCUAGAAUGUUUUGACCCAGAAAUGCUAGGGAAUUCUCCUUUGGGUUGUUAGAAUAUUAUUACAUGAUAGUAUGUCGAUAAAUGAUUAUCAUAAUAUUGAGGACCCAGGUCUAUGCAUUUCUCUCUUUCAAUGUACAUUUACUUCUCAUGUCAUUGUUACCAUAUUCUAUGCAUGUAAUUAAAUGUACGUUGGAGCGCAAAAGUCCCAGAAUGUUUUAAAAAACUGACCUGAACCUAUUUAUGGCAUGAUGAUCCAAGGAUUUUGACAUAGUUUGAAAUUAUUUUUCUCUGAUCUGUCAUGCAAUUAGCAUAUUUGGAGUCUCAUAGCAGUUGCAAGUACUUCAAAGUACUCCAUUAAUAUAGCAUUGAGUUCUUUCAAAACGAUUAACACUAGGUUUUGAAUUUGUUUUGGUAUCAUCUUACUUAAUGGUCAUUAAUAAAUGUAGGAUGUAAAAUUGAAAGACCUGCUCAAUCCGUUGUUUUUUUUCCCUUACAUAGUUCACAGGGGACCAGAUAUUGGUGGUUUUUUAAUGUUUCAGUCCUACCAUCUGCUAUGUGCUUGUUAACAGGCUCUUUUGAAUACGAGCAGGGUUUUCAUUAAGGUUCUGGGAUAGGAGUGUGCUCUUGGUAGCUGAGCAAAACUAUCCAGCUCAAACUACCAUUAAUAGCUUAAUAAUUUGUAAAAUGUUUACCUGGUCCCCAGUACUCUCCAACAUUCAUGAUCUUUAUUGUAUUUAAACUUAAUGAAAACCCUGCAUAAGCAAUGUCAGUAACUCUUAUUUCCUGUUGAAAUUUACCCUUGUGCUGCUGUCAAUCAAAAGUAAGAUCAUUAGUUCUUACACUUUUGAUUCAAUGGUGGGUGAGGGUGUUUUUGUUGAACGAGCUAAGUUUGUUCUAUGUUCAUGCUACUAGUUUGUAAUAUUCAAAUAAUUUUUUCACUCAGUGUUACUCUACAGUUUUCCCAUUGUAACUCUAGAUCAUAAUCAUAAAUAUUAGUUAUUAUUUAUAUAAUUUUCUGUCUGGAAUGUGGUUGUCACUUUUAGUUGUACUUUUGCAGACCUGAAAAUCAAGAACAUGAGAGAAUUACUAAAUAUAUAAUUUUUUUAUUUAAAAUUCUAUAAUAAAUGCCUUGGUAAAAUAAGCAAGUGUUGUCCAAGAAAACUGUCAUGAAACCAGCUGAAAAGGUCUUUUGUUCAAUAAAAUAUAGUUAAUAUAAAA